AUGGCCGCGAAACAAAAUCCUGUUGUUCAAGAAGAACAAACAACAUCUGAUGAUAUUCCACUGACGUCGUUAGAAGAAAGCUUGUUCAGCUCGGAAAAACUUGAUCGUGCAUCUCCAGAAUUAUGGCCGGAGCAAAUUCCUGGUGUGUCGGAAUUUGCCCCCCCGCCGAGUAACAACCAAUCUCCUCCGUUGUGGGCUCGGGGAGCUACCAAGGAAGACUUUACCUAUAUGCAACAAUUGGGGUCACUUUCUACUAGUGGACUUAUAAUGGAAGUUAAGAAGCUACAUGACCUUGCUUACCAACUUGGGCUCGAAGAGGCUAAAGAAAUGACAAGAGGGAAGUAUUUAAAUAUAUUCGCUUCCAGGCGACCACGAGUAUACUAUUCCAAACCAAAUGCCAAAUAA